GGAUGGUGAGGCCAUGAUGGAAGUUGAAAGAUAUGACCUUGAAGAUGGGAUACAGACAAUACCUGAAAGUCCACCUUUGGCAGACAGCAAGACAAGCAUUGCUGAGGUCACAUUUGAGGAAGAAAUAUCAUCUACAACUGACUCUCUAGUAAUUGAAUGUGGUAGUAUAAGAGUUGGCAGCCUGAAAGGAAUAUCUUUAGUACCAGUAAUUAUUUCUACCAAGUAUAUUGAAUUUAAACUUCAAAUAGAAGGGGAGAAAGGUGUACAUUGCAUAAAGUUACAGUCAGAUGAAAUAAUGCAGUGUCUCUAUGGACAGAAGUAUGGUGUGAUAUUUAUAGUAACAAACAUUGAAGCUGGAAUUAAAAUCAGGAGUGUCCUUGGCAUGAAGAAAAAGGUUAAAAGAAAGCCAUACUUAGACCCUCAUGGACCAGUUGGCCAAGGUUUAUUUGUGGCUUUUUUUUUUGCCUAUUCUUGCAAACUACAAUUCGAACAGUUAAAAAGUGUGUUACAAUGCUACAAGAAUUUUACUAAUGAAGAAUUCUUGAUAGAACUUGAUGAACAUUCACAGCAUAAAGUGUUGCUUGAGACAUUGCCAAAUACUGGUCCAGAAAAGAAAGAAUUAGUGAUUUUAAAGGCAUUAACCAGAGCAGCUUCCACAGACUUCAACAACAAUUUUGUCUCCAUGGAAUCAACUCAAACAGCCGUUGAUAUGAACAUGUUUAAACAAGAAAGUGAAAUAAAGGCUUUCUAUGUACCAGUUUGGGGACCAGGUGGUCAUGUUGAUGUACUAUGGCAUCGAGCUAUUGAAUGGUGUACUGACUGUGGACCUUGCUCUGGAAAAUGUAUUGGUUUCUGUUCUGUAAUACUUUUAUUGUUUUGGAUUUUCCUUCUGCAAAAGUCAUAAACAAAAAAAUGGACAGUAUUCAUUGUCAUAUUUUGGUGAAUCUAUAUGUUAUUUUGUAAUUGUAAGG